AUGGCCACUCGUACACAGGAUUUCGGUAUUGAUGUAGCUAUCUCACGGAAGUUAAAUAGCAGAUAUGAUCCAGAUGCAGAACGUCAAGUUAUUGGUUGGAUACAACAACUAACUGGACAGAAUAUACCACUUGGACGUGAAAAUGUUCAAAGGACACUGAAGAAUGGACGAAUACUUGUUGAACUUAUCAAUGCUGUGUAUGAACGUACACCUAAUUUACCGCCUAAAGCUCAAACAAUCCGCCGACCAGUGAAUCCAAACACUGGAAAUGCACCAUUUAAACAAAUGGAGAAUAUUCAAAAAUUUCUUGAUCUGUCUGAGGCAUAUGGUGUUCCACGUGAAUGUCUCUUUCAAACGGUUGAUUUGUUUGAGGCAAGAAAUAUGGCUCAAGUUUUAGCUACACUAUUGCAGUUAGGCACAGAGUGUCAACGUAAUGGAUUUCAAGGACCAGUUUGUGGACCAAAACCAACUUAUUCACAACCACGUCAAUGGACAGAAGAGAAAUUACGAGCUGGUGAAGGUAUAAUUGGUCUUCAAGCUGGAACAAAUAAAUUAGCCUCUCAAAAAGGCAUGUCAUUCGGUGCUCAACGUCAUAUUGCUGAUAUCAAAUGUGACGAAAUGACACCAGAAGGUGCAGCAGUAAUCAGUCUACAAAUGGGUACAAAUAAAUUUGCAUCACAGAAAGGAAUGAGUUUCAGUAAUCAACGUCAUAUUGCGGAUAUAAAAUGUGAUGAAUUAAGUCAAGAAGGCAAAUCAGUUAUUAAUCUUCAAAUGGGUACAAAUCAGUUUGCUUCACAAAAGGGUAUGCGAAUGGGUGCUAGUCGACAUAUAACUGAUAUUCGAUGUGAUGAUAUGUCAAAAGAAGGUCAAAAUAUUAUCAGUCUUCAAUAUGGUACAAAUAAACUAGCUAGUCAAAAAGGUAUGCGUAUGGGUGGUCAACGUCAUAUCACAGAUAUACGCUGUGAUAAUCUUUCAGCAGAUGGAUCAUCUGUGAUUGGUUUACAAAUGGGAUUACCACAAAAUCAAGUUGCUUCACAGUCAGGAAUGUCAUUCGGUGCACAUCGACAUAUUAAUGACUCUCAUUAGAAUUUGUUAAGAGGUGAAUGCUAAAUACAAAGUAAAAUAACUUAUCAUUAUUAUCAUCUACUAAAGCAAGUGAUAAACUCUUUAUAUGGUUAAUUUGAUAAGCGCCCUCUCUAAUUAUCUAAUAAAUAUGCACAUAAUUUAUUUAUUUUUAAAAGCUAAAUAAACUGGCAAAUCUUUUAUCGUUUAUUUAUCCAAACACUUUUCUGCUUACCUUUUGUUGUUGUUGUUGUUGUUGAGAUAAUUAACGCUGAAUAAUCAGACCCCUUCAAAACAAAAAAGAAGAAUACAAACAAACAUGAACACAUACACACUUAGAUAGUCAACAAGACUACACAUUUUGUCAACAUUUAUUUCUUUAUGCACACCUACCUGUCUAUCUGUCCACCGACCUGUCUAUCUAUCUACAAGCUUAUCUAUUCACCUGUCUGUCUAUCCACCGACCUGUCUAUUUAUCUACAAGCUUAUCUAUUCAUCUGUCUGUCUAUCCACCAACCUGUCUAUCUAUCUACAAGCUUAUCUAUUCAUCUGUCUGUCUAUCCACCGACCUGUCUAUCUGUCUGCAAGCUUAUCUAUUCGCCUGUCUAUUUACAUGUCUGUCUAUCCAUCUAUCUGUCUAUCUAUCCGUUUACAAAAUAACUCAAUGUAUUUUAUUUAUUAUUAUGAUACUAAUUAUCAAGUAGAAUAUUUCAUGCAGUUUGAACAACAACAACAACAACAAUAGUAAACAGUGUUACAAAUAUUAUUCAAGUAUAUGUAACAUAGUUAUCUUUGAAGGAGACAUACAAGUAGUUCUUUUCUCAUAAUGAAACUGUAAACAUCAAUAAACUGAUGUUUACAAGAUUAACACUGCUUUCUUCUCUAUUUAAAUGAAUAUAUAUUUAUUUUAAACAAAACAAAGAAAAAUAAUCUUCUUUGAAGCAUGCUAUGAAUAAAUGUUUCCAAGAAUA